AUGGCGGUGGCAGAUGUGAAGUUAAAUUCACCAACUCAAACAAACAGUCAAAGUGUUGUUGUCAAUGUCAAAGACAGAGAUGUUGAAGUGGGGAAACCAUACGAAGACAAAGAUGGUAUAACAAUUGUUCCUGUAAAAGAACCAACAUAUCCUGAAGUUAACAGAGACUUAAGUUCUGUUGCAGAUAUUCGAAACGACUACCAACAACUGAAAGGCAAACUUCAAACUCAGGAGAAGAUUUGUCAAGCUUUAAGUAUAAUGUUAAACUUGGUCGAACACAACCCUGUAAAAGUGAACUCAUAUGUCAUUGCACCUCAUGAA